UUUGCUCGACCUAGAUCAGAAAUGGCAAUGCAGACGGGCUGCUGCUCGGCGGCGCCGGCGGUCCUCCUCCUCCUGGUGGUUGCCGCGGCCGGUGCGUCGGUGACCGGGGCAACGUAUGUCAGGUACAAAGACCACAAGCAGCCGAUCCAGGCGCGCGUGGAGGAUCUCCUCGGCCGGAUGAGGAUCGAGGAGAAGAUCGGGCAGAUGACGCAGAUCGAGCGCCACAACGCCUCCUCCGCCGUCAUCGAGAAGUACUUCGUCGGGAGCGUGCUGAGCGGUGGCGGCAGCGCGCCGUCGGAGAAGGCGUCGGCGGCGACGUGGCAGGAGAUGAUCGCCAAGAUGCAGAAGGCGGCGCUCAGCACCCGCCUCGGCAUCCCCAUCCUCUACGGCAUCGACGCCGUGCAUGGCAACAACAACGCCUACAACGCCACCAUCUUCCCCCACAACGUCGGCCUCGGCGCCACCAGGGACCCCGACCUGGUCAAGCGCAUCGGCCGCGCCACGGCGCUCGAGGCCAGGGCCACCGGCAUCCCCUACACCUUCGCGCCAUGCGUCGCGGUUUGCCGUGAUCCGAGGUGGGGCGGGUGCUACGAGAGCUUCAGCGAGGACACGAAGCUGGUGCAGCUGAUGACGUCGGCCGUCAUCCCCGGCCUGCAGGGCGACGUCUCCAGCAAGCAUCCCAGGGGCGUCCCCUUCGUGGGCGGGACCAAGCACGUGGCAGCCUGCGCCAAGCACUUCGUCGGCGACGGCGGGACGCACCACGGGAUAAGCGCCAACAACACGGUGCUCAGCUUCCACGACCUCAUGCGGAUCCACAUGCCGCCCUACUACGACGCCGUCAUCAAGGGCGUCUCCUCCGUCAUGAUCUCCUACUCCAGCUGGAACGGCGUCAAGAUGCACGAGAACAAGUACCUCAUCACCCAGAUCCUCAAGGAAAAGAUGCACUUCAGGGGCUUUGUGAUCACGGACUGGCAGGCGGUGGACAAGAUCACCACCCCGCCGCACAAGCACUACUACCACUCCAUCCAGGAGACCAUCCACGCCGGCAUCGACAUGGUCAUGAUCCCAUUCGACUACCCCGAGUUCGUCGCCGACGUCCAGGCCCAGGUCAUGCGCGGCGCUAUCAAGAUGGACCGCAUCAACGACGCCGUCUCCCGCAUCCUCAGGGUCAAGUUCGCCAUGGGCCUCUUCGAGAACCCCUUCCCCGAACACAGCCUCACCGGCCAGCUCGGCAGCAAGGAGCACCGGGAGCUCGCCAGGGAGGCCGUCAGGAAGUCCCUCGUGCUGCUCAAGAACGGCAAAGGCAGGAAAGACGGCAAGCCCGUCCUCCCGCUCUCCAAGAAGGCCAAGAAGAUCCUCGUCGUCGGCACCCACGCCCACGACCUCGGCCUCCAGUGCGGCGGCUGGACCAAGUCCUGGCAGGGUCAGUCCGGCAACGGCAUCACCGGCCAUGGCACCACCAUUCUUGAGGCCAUCAAGUCGGCGGUGGACAAGAAGACGAUCAUCGACUACUCGAAGCACCCGGACAAGGGCAACGUCUCCAAGAACGAGGACGAGUACGACUACGCUGUGGUGGUGGUGGGCGAGCACCCGUACGCCGCCGCGGCCGGCGACAACCUGAACCUCACCAUCCCGGGCCCGGGCCCGGAGGUCAUCAGGAAGGUGUGCGAGCUCGUCAAGUGCGUCGUCGUCCUCGUCUCGGGCCGUCCGCUCGUCGUCGAGCCAUACCUCGACACCAUGGACGCGCUCGUCGCCGCCUGGCUGCCCGGCACCGAGGGCCACGGCGUCGCCGACGUGCUCUUUGGGGACCACGGAUUCUCCGGCAAGCUGCCCCGGACGUGGGUCAGGUCCGUCGACCAGCUGCCCAUGAACUACGGCGACAAGCUCUACGACCCGCUCUUCCCCUUCGGAUUCGGACUCACCACCAAGCCAGCGGAUCGCAGCUAGCUACCUUAGCUAGCCCCUCAUCGGAUCGAGUUUGGGUUUCAUCUUUUUCCAUAGCAUUAGCCUGAGGUUAUUUAAUUACUAGCUUUUUUGUUAAUUAUUAGCUAGUUAGCCCGUGAGGCCUGAGUGGUAAUCGACCGGAAAUGAUUUAAUGAGAAGGAUUUCACUUGAUCGCCUA